AUGCCUUCAAAAGUCUAUAACGAAGAAGAUAUGGAAGCCAUUGGUUCCGAUGUCAUCCCCGAUUCUCAAAUCAACUACAAUGAUGCUAUAGCUUAUUGGUCUUCCGUCCCUGCGUCGGUCAACGGGGUGCUUGGUGGAUUUGGUGAACAAACAGCGGUGCCCAAAGCAGACAUAGUUGGGUCGUCCACUUUUCUUCGUAAAUUGGCUACUCGAAUGGCAUGUCCUGACAAUCAAACAAAGUAUACGAUAGACAUGGGUGCGGGAAUAGGUCGUAUUACUAGGGACCUACUUUGGAAAAUCAGCGAUAAAGUGGACUUGUUGGAGCCCGUCAAGCCAUUUGUUGACCAAAUGGAUAGAGAACUAGCAGAUGUUGCCAAACGUGGAAAAUUGGGCCAAAUCUAUCCUAUUGGGAUGCAAGAUUGGCAACCCGAUAAACAAUACUGGCUAGUAUGGUGUCAAUGGUGCGUUGGGCAAUUACCCGAUGACGCUUUGGUUGAAUUCUGGACUCGUUGUAGAAACGCAUUGAUGGAGAAUGGUACUAUGAUUGUGAAGGAGAAUAUCGCACCUGGUGAAGAGGAUAUAUUCGAUGAUACUGAUAGUUCAGUAACAAGAACAGAUGCCAAGUUCAGAGACUUGUUUGUUAAAGCAGGAUUCAAGUUGAUUGCCAGUGAUAUACAGAAAGGCUUACCUAAGGAAUUGUUUCCUGUAAGAAUUUACUGUUUGAAAGUGGCAACGUAA